GAUUUAUGCCAAAGUGAGGAAAAAUAUUUUUGACCUUUUUAAAUGAUUGUGUCGGAAACAACAAAUUAAUUUCAGGUAACACUUCGAUAUUCCAUUUCAAAGAGCUCCGUUGUAAUAAUAUAAUUAAUUUUUGUAAUGAGUGAAAAUCCAACGAUUUCUGAAAAGGAACUCCUAGAUGCUAUAAAAAACCUUUUGAAGAAAAGCGGUCAUCUGAACAAAUUUGAAGCAGAGAUGCGAGCGAAAGUAACCGAAGUCCUACAAGAAAGACAAGUAUUGAAUCCUGGCUUCAAGAGUGCCGGUAUUCCGAAGCCUUCGGACGAGGUGCUUUUAAUCAAUGAGCUUGUCAAAGAAUAUUUGGAAUGGAAUGGCUAUUUGUAUACUGCAUCUGUGAUGGGUUCAGAGGCUGCAAUGCCAAACUGUAGGAAAACUCGUGCUGAACUGUGUUCCGAAGUCGGUGUGAAAGAUGACGAGAAGUCAUCAGCUCUUCCUCUUCUAUCUAAUAUCAUCGCGGCAUAUACGGAACGAAUUAAAAGAAAAAUCAGUAAAAUCAAGAGAGAUCACUAGUUUUCCACUAUUUUAUAGUUUUGACCAUAUUAUAUUUUAAUGUGAUAUAAAAUCGACUCAAGUAAUAUAAAUUUACCACAAAAUAUGUUAUGUAAUA